UGAGAGAGGUUUGGUGUGUGUGGAGGAGAGAGAGGGAGUGAGAGAGGUUUGGUGUGUGUGUGGAGGAGAGAGAGUUGUGUGUGUAUAUGUGGAGGAGGGGGUAGUUGAGUAAAGUGUCUCGGGUUCGGGAGCGCAGCUCGUCCGCUGGUAUUUCAGGAAUGUGUUGAUCAUGGCGGCCGCUGUGAAGCCCGUGAAGAGCGGACUGCUCGAGCUCCGCGUUACCGUCGACCACUGGAUCCGCGUCCUCGCCACCCUAACCGGAGACUCGUUCACGGUGAGCCCCGGAGAACACAGCGAUGAGUCCGCGAACAGCGGCAGUCCCGCGGCCGGCGGGGCGUUGAACGGGGAUCCGGCGAACCUCAGCGCCUCCCCGGUACCGGAGACCAUCACUAACGUCAAAAGAACCGUGAGAGUCACCAAACAAGAUGUCGGAGGGCUCGGAAUAAGCAUUAAAGGUGGCAAGGAGAAUAAGAUGCCCAUUCUCAUCUCGAAGAUCUUCAAAGGGCUUGCGGCUGACCAGACAGCCGCUCUGUACGUGGGAGAUGCCAUAUUGUCCGUAAACGGCUAUGACCUGAGAGAGGCGACCCAUGAUGAAGCUGUUCAGACGCUGAAGAAAACAGGCAAAGAGGUCAUUCUGGAAGUUAAGUACAUUAAGGAGAUGUCAGCGUUUUUUAAAGGCGGAUCCACAUCUGGACCUCCCGUGCUGGAUUCUCCACCAGCGACCCCUCAGAGACAGGCAGACCCCGCUCUUAAAGAGACCCGGACCAUCCCGCUCAGAAUGUGUUACGUCACACGCAAACAGUGUCCACCGGACACGGAGGACAGGUAUUUUGAGGUGGUGUCAUCAGACAGAAAGAAGUUUGUGUUCUUAAGAGCUAAAGAUCACGCCAUGGGUCAGGCCUGGUACAACGCCAUCCAGAGCGCAAGUUCAGCGUUACUGUCCGGCGCUAAAGCCGAGCUGACAGCACUGCAGCCCGGCCUGGACGUUAAACACAUCGGCUGGAUCAUCGAGCAGGGUUCAGAGCGGCCCAUACUGGCGGUGUUGACGGACCGAGAUCUCCUGCUUUACGGAUCUCUGCCAGACAACAGAGAAACACUCAACAAUCCUGACAAGAGCUAUCCUUUAAUAACCACCAGACUUGUUCAUUCUGGACCCGGUAAAAGUUCAUCUCUGCACGACUCUGAGUUGACGUUCGGCCUGCGGUUGGGCACUAAACAGGGUGUAGAGACUCAUCUGUUCCGAGUGGACGCGGCCAAAGAUCUCUCAAACUGGACACAUCUGCUGGUGGACGGCUGUCACAGCGCCGCUGAACUCGUACAAGAAGUCACUACAGCCUGUAGCUGGAACGGGAAGGCGUGUUUGUUGAGUGUUCACAUAGACAAAGGCUUCUCAUUGUUUACGGAGGAGUCUGGCGUCCGCAAGAACGUUGUCUUCCAGCAGCCGUUCGAGCGUCUCCGCAUGUCUUCAGACGACGGCGUCAGGAUGAUGUUCCUGGACUUUGGAGGCCCAGACGCCGAGAUCCAAUUGGACCUUCACUCGUGUCCCAAAACCAUCGUCUUCAUCAUCCACUCCUUCCUCUCGGCCAAGGUCAAGCGGCUAGGGCUGUUGGCAUGACGACCAGCAUCCGGUGAGCCCACCUCCGCGGGUCAAGUGGACGGAGGACCAGUGAACAUCAAGCCAAACGUUCAGCAUAGACUGUCAGGCGUCAGCAUUCAGCUCCUGAAGGCCAAAACAAGCUUACAAACCUGAAGCCAUUCAACAAUCCUCUCUCUCUCUCUUUUUACUGGUUUGGCUUUAUCAUCGUUCAUUUGUUACGAAUAGCAAAAAUAGGGAGCUCACUAGUGUUGGAAACAGAGCCCUUAUGUGUUUAUUUGACAGAAGUGAACAGCUGAUCUCAUCAUUAAAGGGCUUUCGGCCGCUGUGAUAAUCAAAAACUCAAACAUUCAGCUUUCUACACUGAGAUUGAUUUCUUUGGAAUUUACUUCUUUUAAAAGCAAGACAUGAACCAGCAGAACAAACUAAAUUGUUGGUACCGCGGUAUAUUGAAUGUUUCAGAUGAAUCUUUGAUAUAUACCGCGUUACUUUAAACUACAUGAAAGAAAACCAUGUGUCUAAAAACUAUGGGAGUGCUGCUUUUUGUCGUAUUCAUCUUAAUGGUGCAAAUCAAAUUUACAUUAGAUUAUAUUUGAGAAAACUUUGCUUCUGUUUUAAUCUGUGGAUGUUACACUGACCCCUGCUGCCCGGUAUGCGUUACUACACUACAACUGAGAUGUUUGGAAUAGCAUACCAGCAUACCAAUCUUACUAUUUCUGUAGUGUGCUGUUAUUUUGUGAGCGCACUACAGUGUAUGGGGGAUUUUGAUAUGACCUACUUGUCAAAAGAGUGUAACAAAAAAAAUGUUAUCCCACAAUGCAGUGCGCUUCCAUUUCCAGUACGCUAAAGAAACUGAAAUAUCUUCUUUUACCAGGACACACGUUUAGAUCAAAUUUAUAAAAUAAUAUUAAGAUUAUUUUUCAUUUGGUCCGCCCUGAGACAAGGCUUGUGAACUGAAAUGAAGUUUAAAGAUGUAAGUUUGUGUAAUGCCUUCUGUUUCUCAUACUGUUAGAAGUGGUUUGCUAGUAUUCUGUUCUGAACAUCCGAAAAUUAGAGAUGCACCGAUAUAUCGGCCAAUAAUCCAUUUCGGACGAUAAAAGCGAUUUUCAUACUAUUACAAACCUAUUUGACGUUUAAUAAUGAUGAAUAUCAGAAAGUAAAAAAAUAUUAAUUUAACCUUUAGAAUUUAGUUAAUGCGAGUUAAUAAUACUUAAUUAUUAUAUUAAUAUUAUUGGGUAUCUCUCUGAAUAAUCAACUGUCAGUAUUGGUGGAGAAAUGUGUGUCCACCGCGGACGUCCUCUUGUUUCAAACCAUGUUGUUUGAGUUCUGCCUUCUGCAUUUUUCCCCUCACUUUAUUGUACCGUAACAUGUUUGUGUUGUCCACUUCAAAGAGGAACGUUUGGAUGUCCCGACGUGAAGUGGAAAAUCACCUCUCUGUGGCCUUUAUAAACUCUACUGAAUUUUAAUAUAUGAUUCAAACUAUAUUCAGUCUAUGUUAGCUUAACAAGGAAAAUCAUAUUAUAUAUCCUUAUUUAAACAGAAGAGUGCCUUCUAGGGUUGUUUGUAUAUAAAAUUGCAAUAAAUCUACCUUGACUUUG